UUGUAUGUGUACAUACUAUGCUCUCGUUUUGUAUAUGAUCGCAAAUCAUUGAUGUAAAUCUUCCACUCCUUAUUUACAGUACACUUUUUUGUGUGUAGAAAGAAUAUGCAUUUAACUUUGUCGACAAAAAUAAAUGAAUUAAUUAUCAUUAUAAACUCUAUAUUACAUCAUAUUUUCUAUAUGUGAAAGGCUAAUUUGCAGUAUUACAAACUCAAUGACACCUAAAAUUACCUUGUUUAUAAGAUAUGACGUUUAGAGUUAUUGCAUUAAUUAAAAAGAUACCACUACCUCUGCGAGAUAAGAGACUUCACUUUCUCUCCUUCACGGCUUCUAGCUGGAGUCUUGCUGUUCUCAUCAACUCUCUCCAUUUAUGGCCCUCUCUAUCUAUCUAUCUCUCUCAUAUUUUGUUUUCUUAAUUCAAUUCUUGCUGAGGUUUUCUUAUCAAAGGGUGUCUUGGUGUUCAAAUUCUUAUUAAAGCUUUAAUUCUACCAGAGUACACAUGGAUGACAAGAGCCACGAUUAUAAAAAUAUAUGGUAAUUUAGCUAGCUUGAGUAAAAUAGUUUUUGAUUAGUUGAAUCAUGGUUUUCACUUCUCUUAUAUCCAUGACCUAAUCAAUAUUGGGUCAUGGCUAUAUAUAAAAAUACCGGUCAAUAUUCACUGGUUGCUUUUCCAUGGUUAGAGAUAAAAUAGUUUUUGAUUAGGUGAGUCAUGGUAAUUACAUAUAAAAUUACCGAUCCAUAUGCACCAAAUUUAGAUUGAGUAAAAUAGUUUUUUGAGAAUUUAGUUAGCUUGAGUAAAAUAUUUUAGGUUUUAUAUCUAGACUAACCCAUGUAUUUAGCAAUAUUUCGAAACUAUAUAUGGGUUGAUUUGUGUUUGAUAAUUAAAAGUAUGGUACACCAAAUUUUUUUUUGUGUCUUCAAGCUUUAAUUUUAUUAUUAAAUGUUAAAAAAAUUAUACAUUGAAAAUUAAUUAUUGGAUGUGUAUGUUUCAUGUUUGUCUUGUAUUAUUUAAUUUGUGUAUAUAAAAUUUAGGUUAUGAGCUGUUAUUUGGUCAGAAAGAAGAUGAGAGAUAAAUAGCAAUGCUCAGGUGUUGUAAAUACAUCCUCUUGUCCAUCUCUAUCCUUCCACCCAACUCAAUGAACUCAUCCUCUUAUCUAUAAAAGUCAGCCUCUAAUUAUCUUCUAAUUUCCCCAAAAAUAAUCAAAUAAUUUUCAUUUUUCUCUAUUUCUUGGAAGAAUAUUCCCCUUUUCCAAUUUUUUUUUCUUCAAGAAACUCCUUAUCUUGUCUUUUAUCAUCAAAUGCACAUACAUACACUUCACACAUACACGCUAUAUGUAUACGCACUUACAUUUAUGUAUAUAUAUAUAGAGAGAGAGAGACACAAACACACAUACUUGCUUGUUAGAUUGUUUAUACUUAAUAUCUCACCUUCUCGUGGUUUCUCUCUCGCUUUUAGGGUUUUUACUUUCUAGUGGGUCUCUUUUGUCGGGUCUCUUUGUUGCUUCUUCUGGUUCACUUCUAUAUAGACCACUAAAAAGAGUUGUAAUUGUAUACAAAUGGAGUCUGGAAAGAGCUUUGGAACCGAAGACGUUUCUCGCAGCUGUGAAUCUGGAUGGACAAUGUAUUUAGCCUCACAUUCUCAUGAUCCUGAUGACGACUGUUACUAUGAAGAUGGUGAUGACGAGGAUAGCGAUGGUGGUGAGUCAAUGGACUCUGAUGCAUCUUCUGGUCCCAUGGAAGCGACAUCAACUCUCAAACUUCCUCAAGAUACUGAGGAGCAAAACUCAAUAAAGAAAAAGAAGAAGGCUAAUGAAGAGAUGGUUUUGGUGGAGACUAGGGUUCACAACAACAAUCAUGAUGACGAUGCUUAUGAUAAUGAUGAUGUUUAUAAUCACGAUGAUGGUAAUGAUAGCUACAGUGCAGUUCAUAGCUACGUUGGUGCAGUUAGACAAGGGUUUGUUUGAAUUUAUUGACUUUAUGUUAUUUAAUUUAUGUUCCAAUGUUUUCAUUUUACAUGAUCAAAUGCUAUGUCCUUUGUUUACGUUUUUGUUUUAAUGAUGGAAAAGUAUCUUCUUCCUGAUGA